AUGGCAAGCCUGGUCACGAAUGUGUUCGAAAACGGCGAUAAAGUAUUCGGAUAUGCAGCAUGUCAAGAUAUUGGAGACAUGCGCGGGUUCACAUGCGGAUAUGUUGGAUUCACUACCGGAACAAACGAUGCCGACCAGCUGAUACGCGAGUUCUCUGAAAUCAAACCUGAAAACCAGCUGGUUUCUCACUUGAGCCGGCUAAGUGAAAUCAGUCAAUUAAACUCAUGCGAUAUCACGCAACGUGCAAGCACUGCUGGACUUGAUUCCUUCUGUGAUUCCUGGAAAGCAGAAGCAUGUAGCGAUGAUCAAAAGUUUGCGUCGUUUCAAAGGCAAUGGACUUUGAACAACUAUUUAAUACCAAGUGCAAGAUUUGCAGCCGGUGCUGGUGUCACUAGCGCUUUGGGCCAGCUUAUUUUCUAUGAUACAAUUAUCCAGCACGGAUACCAAUUCGUAGAACCACGUAUCAAUUUGGUUCGUAUUUUGGAAUUGACGGGCGCUCGUGGUGAAAACGAAACGGAGCAGGGCUAUCUUACGCGGUUCUUGACGACCCGACGACAAUUGCAGUGCUGCUAUCCUGAUAACGUAUGGCCAGCAAGUGCUGUACGUACAUGGGAUCUUCAAACACUGGUUGAUAACUUUGAUGGAAAUCGUGAUCUACAAGCCCCGCUGGCACUGCCCCACUUUGGUCAGGUCGUCGCAGGAGAUGAGGCAGAUGGAAAGGAUAUAAGGCGAUGUCUUUGA